AGAGGGCAAAGACUGUCUCAAGUUGAUCCGGAUGUUUGUUUUUAUUGCAAAGAGCCCGGACAUUGGAAAAAUGAGUGCCCGCUUUUGAAUAGACACACGGCGGCUGCUGCGGCAAAGUCUAAACCGAAAGCAGAUUGACAGCAGAGUGCGAGAAAGGAGGGGGGAGUUGAGAGCAAAGUCUACGGCGACCACACUUCAGUAACAGAUAAGUUUGACACACACACACCCACAUCUGACACUGCGAAUUGCAAUGAAGAAAUGCUUGCUGCGAAUUGCAAUGAAGAAAUGCUUGCUGCGAAUUGCAAUGAAGAAACGCUUGCUGUCAUACACGAUUGCAUUGCUAGAUUAGAAAAUGAGAAAUCAUUCAGACAAAGAGAAUUAGGCACAUAUACUCAUUUGAAUGACUUAGCAUAUCAACAAAUGCCAGAGGUUAGCUUAUGGAUAGACGGAGUUGAAAGGGUGUUUUUAGCUGAUUCGGGGGCCACGAGUUCAGUAUUAAGGAUAAAUGAGUUUGUCUCUGUCCCCAAAUUGAGUGGAAAUUUUGCAUGGGCGAUUUCUGCAUCUGGUCAUACUGUUAAAGAGAAUUUUACAGUCCCUCUGAGGUGUAAGGAUGAGAAUGGUGCAAGUUUCAAACACAGUUUCCUCCUCUCACAGCACUGUCCCAAAAAUCUGCUGGGGAGAGAUUUGUUGUGCAAACUAGGUAUUUCUCUAAUAUCUGGUCCAGAAGGUAUCAAAGCAGUUCAGUGCCAAAUUCAAACUCUGACUGCAAUCCAACAUACACCACUAUACGUUUAUCAAUGGAAAUUGCAAGAUGAUAAAUUAUGCGAAAAUCUUGUCAAUGCUGCUAAAGAUAGAGUUUCGCCUGAUUCUGAUUUUAUACCAUUCUCGGACUUACAUUGCUCAGCACAUGUGUCUCUGGCUAGAGACGAGUUGUUUGAACAGAAAUGGUUUCCGCGUAUUGAGACAUUGCAAUUGAAUUGGUUAAUUUGGACAGAAAAUAAAUGUGCUGCUGCUGUUGCAUUAAACGAUGAACAGCAGAUGUUUUUUGAUGUUGUGGAUUCUUUUCCCCAUGUGUCGUUGUCGAAAGGGAGCGACAAUCGCUGGGAAGACAUUGGUCCCUUUGUAAAGACGUGUAUCUUUCAUGAAAAUUGGUUGCGGACUGCUGAGAAAUAUCCUUUGAAAAAGGAAGCUAUUGAGGGAAUCAAACCAGUUUUUGAAGCAUUGAAAAAGGCUGGAGUGAUUGUGGAAUGUGAGAACUCUCCUGUGCGUACACCCAUUUUUCCUGUCAAAAAGAUAAGAGACACAGACCAGCCAGUUGAGUGGAGGUUUGUGCAAGACUUGCAGGCUGUAAAUGAUGCAGUUCAGACACAGGCUCCUAUUGUCCCCAACCCGUACACACUCCUAUCACAAAUACCAGGUGAUGCUGAAUGGUUUUCGGUUGUUGAUCUUUCCAAUGCUUUCUUUUCUGUGCCGGUUCAUAAAGACAGCCAAUUUUGGUUUGCUUUCAAUUUUAAUGGCAAACCUUACACCUUUACUCGACUUUGUCAAGGAUUCAAAAAUUUGCCUGUGUUGUUCGACGAGAUUCCAAAGCCUCUGACAAAAAAACAGCUCAUGUCAUUUUUGGGAAUGUGUUCGUAUUGUAGAACAUUUAUUCCCAACUAUGCCAUUGAAGAGUCACCUUUGAGCGCUUUGGCUCACGGAAAAAGGUUGCAGCCACAUGACAAGCUGACCUGGACUCCUGAAGCAGAGAAAGCAUUUGAAAGGUUGAAAAUGUUGUUACAAACAUCCCCAAGUCUGGGACUUCCAGACCCUGAGAGAAAUUUUGUACAAACAGUUGAUGAGAAAAAUGGUUUCAUGUCUUCUGUUCUGUUUCAGGAUCACGGGGGAAAGCUGAGACCGGUGGCGUAUUUUUCAAGUAAGCUCGACCCUGUGGCAGCAGGUCUACCAAAUUGUCUGAGAGCUGUAGCAGCAGCAGAAAAAGCUAUUUUAGCUUCAAGGGAAAUUGUGGGGUAUUCUGAUGUAACACUACUAGUGCCACACGCUGUCUCUAUGAUCCUGUUGGAACAGAAAACAUCUCAUUUGUCAACAGCCAGAUGGCUCAGAUAUAAUACCAUUCUAUUGGAAAUGCCAAACAUCACAGUGAAACGGUGUACAGUGUUGAAUCCUGCCACACUGCUCCCAACCGAGCAGGAUGGCGAGGAACAUAAUUGUAUCGCUGCAUUGGAACAGGUGUGCACACCGCGACCAGAUUUAAAAGAAACCCCCCUUGACAAUGCAGAUUUGGUUUUAUUUGUUGAUGGUUCAGCGUCUCGAGACCCAGAAACCGGUAAAAACAGAGUAGGUUACGCAGUAACCACCGCGCAUGCGACAUUAGCAAGUGGAGCGCUCCCCGCGCAUUGCUCUGCGCAAGCGGCCGAAUUAGUAGCAUUAACAGAGGCCUGUAAAAUCGCAGAAGGAAAAACAGUCACCAUCUACACAGAUUCUCGUUAUGCUUUUUCGACCUGUCAUGACUUUUCGGCUCUAUGGCGAUGUAGGAAAUUUCUAAAAUCCGAUGGUAAACCCAUCCAAAAUCAUGAUAAAAUAGCAGCCUUGCUAGAAGCGAUUUUGCUUCCAAGGUCGAUUGCUAUUUGCAAGUGCGUCGCGCAUUCCAAGUUUAACGAUUUUGUAUCAUUAGGAAACAAACGCGCAGAUAUCGCUGCGAAGAACGCAACAAAGGGAACAGAACCUUCUCUUACAUGUGUAACUGUUAACAAUGACGAACUAACAUUCCCUUCUAGUUCUCUUGCAGCUAUGCAGGGUUUCGCAACACCAGAAGAGAAAAAACAAUGGGUGAAGGCCGAGUGCAAGCUGAAAGACAACGUUUGGCUGAGCACCGAAGACAAACCUUGUUUGCCAAAACACUUUUUCCCACACUAUGCCAAAUUAGUGCACGGGUUAGAUCACAUAAGCAAAAUGGGAAUGUUUGACAUGAUCAAUCAAUAUUGGUUUACAAAAGGAUUUACUUCCUUUGCAGAAAAAUAUUGUCAAUCUUGUAUGAUCUGUGCCACAAAUAAUGUAGGAAGAGGACAACAGGUCCCUUUGGCAGCGCAUCCACCACCAAGUCAACCUUUUGAUCAUAUAAUGUUCGAUUUCAUUGAACUGACACCAUGUGGAGGUAAGAAAUUCUGCCUUGUUCUGGUUGAUAUGUUCUCAAAGUGGGUGGAAGUCUUCCCCACAUCUAAGCAAAAUGCUGGGGCUGUUGCAAAGGCACUAGUGUCUGAGAUCGUCCCAAGAUGGGGAAUACCAAAAAAGAUUAGUAGUGAUAAUGGCACACCUUUUUGCUAAUGAGGCAA